UUACAAAAAGUUUUUACUACCCACAGUUGGAUUACGUAAUAUGUAAAAAAACUGGGAAAAAUGUAUACCAUUUGAACUUAUUGGAGAAAAUUUCCUCAUAUCUUAUUAAUUUUUCAGUUUUUUUGGUUUUUUACUUGUGGCUUAGUAGGUUUUCUUAUAUAUACUUGAUAGAAGUCUCAACAACUCUGUAUGGGUUAGCACGUCUGUGUGAUGCUUUAGGCAGAUUCUCAAAUCCUCAUUAUCGCUAUUUUAUGCUAAUUUGGGACAAAAUGUCGAGUCACAAAGCUGACUCCCGAAACUUCAAGGAGCUUGAAUUGUAUGGUUUUAAUUUUUCUUAUAAGCCAGUGGACUUUACGUGCGAUCUAGAAGAUAAGAAAAUAUUGGAAACUUUAGAAUCGCGAAGGAAUAAUAUAGAAAACUUUUCUGUGCUUUUUCGCCGUAUUGUAGCAAAAGUGGCACGGCCCCUGCUUUAUCCGGGCUCGUCCUACUUUUUGAGAUGGAUUUUAUCUUCUUCACUACUUCAAGGAAGGAUAAAACUUUUAUCUUCACACUUUGGGAAUAUUUUUCGUUAUAAAAUAUGCACGUUCGAUGGGAAUUUUAUUGAUUGCAUAUUUGUCGACCGUCGGGGCACGCCUAACGGAAAUAGGCUUAUUGUUUGCUGCGAAGGCAACGCUUCUUUUUAUGAACACAGUUGCGCCACGUGCUUUGUCCAAGAAGACUUUUCAUUGGUUGGUUAUAAUCGUCCCGGCUACGGCUGCAGCUCCGGGCUUCCAUCUGCUGCAUCCGAUACGAAUGCGCUGAUCUCGAUUUUGUAUUUUUGCACAUUUCACUUAAACUGGAGUUUGGCGGAUGUAUUUCUCUAUUGCUGGUCAAUCGGGGCCGUUUCUGCUACUGGCGGUGCUGCUUUUUUUCAAAAAGAACUCGGUGGUCUUAUAUUGGAUGCUCCUUUUGAUGAUGUAAUCCUACUGGCUCAAGCUAGGAUGCCCGCGUGUUUGAGUAAUUUCACUGCCAAAGUUAUUAAAGAGAAUUUUGAUUUUGAUAUUCCGAAUCGACUCCUUCAGUUUCGCGGUCCUAUAAAGAUCAUUCGUCGCUUGCGGGAUGAAGUAAUGUCUUCCCAACUCAACAUUCUUUCAUCCAAUCGCACCAACUUUUUAAUAGCAAAGUUUAUCAGUAAACUUUUUCCCGAUUUUACCAGUGAAAGUGCCAUCCUAGAGGUUUUGGAGCGCCCCUUGCCUCAUCCAAUAACGGAGGAGUUACCAAGUCCCUGGAAAGAGCGUUUAAGCGAAGUUAAACAGAUACUAAACCAGCGGGAUAUCGCGCCUCCUCACCGCUAUAUUGGCCGUUCGUGGACGGACGAAGGAAAAACAAACUUUUUAGUUAGUAUCAUCCAUUUGUUCGUAAAGGACGUUAAUAUGUCUCAUUGUCAGCCGCUCACUUCGCUACAUUGCAUUUUCGACCAAUUACUGAGGGGUUAUUAA